AUGACGCACGCGGUGACCCCGCAGCCCCCGCCGCACGUUCCCACGGCAGAGGCGCAGCGCACGCGCGGGGGAGGCGGAGGAAGCGGCGCGUGCCCGGCCGUGGCCGCGGGGGCCCUUAAGGGUCUUCGCGACGUGCCCGGUCCCAGCGUGUGGGGCUUCGCCGGCGACCUCCUGUUCAGGAGGGGUUUGAGCAGGCUCCACGAGCUGCAGAUCGAGGGCACCCGGCGCUACGGCCCCGUGUGGAAGGCGCAGUUCGGACCUUUCGUCACGGUGCACGUGGCGGAUGCGAAGCUGAUGGAGCAGGUGCUGCGCCAAGAGGGCGCUCACCCCAUUCGCUCGGAGCUGUCGUCGUGGAAGGACUACCGCACGGAGCGCGGCCACGCAUUCGGGCUGCUCACUGCGGAGGGAGAGGAGUGGCAGGGGUUACGCCGGGUGAUCGGGGACCGCAUGCUCAAGCCGGGCCGCGCCGCCGCGUACACGACCCCGCUACUCGACGUCAUCGGCGACCUCCUCGGCAACGUGGAGAGGCAGCGAGCGCAGAAUCAGGGCCUGGUGCGGGACGUCUCGGAUGUCUUCUACAAGUUCGGUCUUGAAGGGAUCGGUGCGGUGCUGUUUGAGGCUCGCCUCGGCUGCCUGGCUCGGAACGUCCCCGAGGACACUGAGCGCUUCAUCAAGGCCAUCAAUAGCAUGUUCCAGCUGACGCUGCUCACAAUGGCCAUGCCGCGACCGCUACUCUGGCUCUACCCGACUCCCUGGAAGCGCUUCGUGGCCGCCUGGGACUGCCUCUUUGCCUUCGCGAAGACCCACAUCGACUCGAGGCUGGCCGAGCUGAGCGAGCAGACGCGGCGCGGCGAGGCGGUGCAGGAGAGGGUCCUCGCCUACUACCUCUCCCGCCAGGACCUCUCCAUGCGCCAGAUUUACGGCAACCUGACGGAGCUCCUGCUUGCCGGCGUGGACACGAUCUCGAGCACCAUGUCGUGGUCCCUGUACGAGGUGUCGCGCCACGCCGACGUGCAGGAGCGCCUGCACGCCGAGGUGUGCGCCGCGAUGGGCGGCCGCGCCACACCGGGCCCCGAUGAGCUGGCGCGCAUGCCGCUGCUGAGAGCCACCGUGAAGGAGGCGCUCAGGCUGUACCCCGUGAUACCCGGGAACGCGAGGGUCUUCUCGCAGCGAGACGUCGAGAUCGGCGAAUACCUCAUCCCGAGAGGGACACUCAUCACGCUGUGCCACUACGCCACCUCUCACGACGAGCGAUACUUCCCGGAGCCGGAGGCUUUCCGUCCGGACCGCUGGCUCGACAAGGGAAACAAGAGGGAGGGGGGGGAGGGCAUACACUCCUUCGCGUCCAUCCCGUUCGGCUUCGGCAAGCGCAGCUGUGUGGGGAGGAGGCUCGCCGAGUUGGAGGUCCAUCUUGCACUGGCACAGAUCAUAAAGAAGUACGUCAUCAAGCCGGAGUCCAAGGACAGCGUGGUACGGCCCAUGACACGCACCCUGUUGGUGCCAGACCGGCCCAUAAACCUGCGCUUCCUCAACAGGUGACGGCUGUCUUCUGCUCAAGAAGAGAUAUGCACACAGCUGUCCGUUUAUGUUUUAUGAAUGGAGGGCGGCUAUGCCACGUGUCGUGGCCCCAGUUGCUCUUGACCAUUUAAAGUCUUCCUUGGCCUCUGUGCCUAUUGCAGCAAAUUGAGUGGUACGGAGGCAUCUCCCCAAGUUGAUGGGGAAUAGCCAAGCGGUCGUUGUCCGUGUGGGGCGGGGGUCCUUUCAAUAUAAAAAAGAGACCCUCUACAGAAAAAUGAACGUGUUGGGAGUCCACAGAUUGCUGUCGAAGUCACGUGUUGCUCUAUAAAACGUGUGGGGCUGAUGCGUGGCGAGCACUACCAUGUGAAUGUGGAUCUGUGGUAACGAGCUGAAGAAGAGAACGUGUCAUCCGUUAGCGGGGCAGGGCCCAACGGGGAACAGGACCAGCUUGUUUCCCGUGCACGUGGGCGGAACCCACCUGGUCGGAAUUCCAUACGGAGAGCACGAGGACUGAGAUUCAAAACAACUUAACAAUUUGGUGGAAGUCAAAAAAUAGAAAGAAAAAAAGUUAGGUUUUUGGGGAUCUGCUUGCCUGUUUUGUCCCAUGAUCCGUGUUUGGUCAUGGUGGCCUGGGUCAUAGGAAUGUGCUGGUCGUGGUGGGGUGGAGGGGGGGACGAUAGGGUUUGGGUUUUGCAAAAGUCACAACACGCGGCAGUGUGACCGUCGACGAUACCCGUAUCAAAGCGUCAUCUGAGACUGCUGGUACUCUUGACAUCCGUGCCAAAUGUGAUCAGCGUGGGCGUGCGCUCUGGAAUGUUUGUGUCGGGGUAUUCAGAGCUGCAAUUCGGCAAACAAUCAAAGUAAGAGUAUCUGCAUCCCGUGAAUAAGAAAACAAGUGGAGUGCUCUCCAAAAGGGCUUAUCGGUGUCAGCGUGUCCAGCAAACACGUGGCCCACAGCCACCUCAAGAAGAGUUUUCAGCAACGAGAGAUUACAAAUGUACUUUCGCUGCUGUUCACUGAAGUAUCGUUUUACAUAUUAUCUUUACAAAAAAUUAAAAGCCUUAACUAAGUGACAAUUUGUAAAAAGUGUUACGUUCCGUUACUCACGUGUUAUUCAAAGUAACUCUCACGGCGUUAUGCCUUCAUCCAGCCGUGCGUUGACAAAGGGCUUUAUAUUAUUAUGAUGAUGAUGCAGAUGAAGAAUUCAAUGUACAUAAAGCAUAAAUAUUUAAUGAAUGUAAAUUAUUCGUAAUUACGCGCUUAUAUUUUUUGUAUUUUCAUAACAAUGCAUAUUUUAUUCUGCACGAAUACGUUGUCGAAAAUCAUGAUCCGUCACUUCACUGUGAGAGAUGGAACUGCAACGUACUUCGGUCGAAAUCUUAUUUCAAGAGCACACCGUGCGACUUGAGCACCACGGCAAGAGUUGCGUCGAGCGUUUUCGAGUCUCGAAGCAACCGUUCCAUCCUGGCGCUCCGUUGAAAUAAGAACAGGACUAGCGUGGCAAUCAUUUUCCGAGCAAAAUGACAACGCACACGUUUGCGCGUUUAAAGUACUCUACUGCAUUUCAAAAGCAUGGACUGUUGGUUAUUUGUUUUAUAUACAAUAAAAUAUGCCACGGGCUUUCAAAUUAAA